AUGCACUUCUCAUUUAUCGCAUCUGCCCUCGUGGCAAUCACCCCAGUCCUUGCUUUGACUCGGUCUCCUGCGCCGACUGUUACAAAUGGCCAAUACGUUGUGGACGGCUACGCAUAUGCCAAGCGCCAGAUUUUCAACUUUGCCAGCGGCACUACCCUUCCCAGUGGCCUCUACAAGAGCACAUGGAACAUUUCUGACCCGCCAACCCAUCGCUUCGACGCAGCCAACGUCGUUGUCGGCAGUGGGUAUAUGAAUCUUAAGGUUCCUGGCGGCCAGACAGCCAUGCCUUACAGCGCAGCUGAGGUCUCCACGACCUUCAACGUCAAGUACGCCUCAGUUCGUACUGUCGCUAUCUUCAGUGAGCCUGCUGGAGUCUGCAACGGGGCUUUCUUCUAUCAGAGUGACAGCCAAGAGACUGACAUCGAGUGGCUUUCUGAUCCGGCUUCCCUCAGCAACCAAGGAACUCGCAAACUCUGGCUCACGAACCAGGAUGCUGAUGGAGAUGGUAUCAAGACAUACAACGCCAUCUCACCCCCUGCCAGCCCAACUACCACCGAGCACGAGUACCGUCUCGACUGGACUCCCGGCCGCGUUACCUGGUACGUUGAUGGCGUCCAGGUAUGGACUACGACUGGUGAUGUGCCCUCUGCCAGUGGUCCUUGGGUUUUUAACAACUGGUCCAACGGCGACAAGGGAUGGAGUGCCGGACCCCCUUCCACCCAGGCCGACUUCAAGAUUAAGGAUAUUUACAUGUACUACAACCAGUAA